AAUGGGAACGGUAGUGGAGAAGGAGAUAUCUACCAGAACAAGACUGAAACAUGUGAGAGGCUGACACCGCCCAGGACGACCAGGUCAUCCAAAGCGGUAGGCUUUGAUCGUGACUUUCGGCCUUGAUACUCAAAACAAUAUUUUAGAAUUUGCUUCCUGUUCUAAAAAUUUCUCCAUCGUGGAGUUUUAAGUUGUUCAACAGGAGCAUAGCAUCAGUGCGUCUACAACUUCUCGCAGGAGUAUUGACCGCUGGUUCUGAUUGAAUGAAAACUGAAGGUGGAAAGUAAAGUAUACAAACGUAGCCGUGGAGAGAAAAGCUAAAGCAAAGUAUAAGUAGUGCGGUCCCACUAUUAAAUCUUCCCGAAGAUAGAGUUGGGCCAUCGCCAUUGGAUGAUGUAUAAGUAGGAACAACCAAACAACUACACGGGAAGUUGAUGUUGAGCAAAGAAACGGCUGGUGGCCCCUUGUUGUCUUCUGGGAACUCCUGCACUGGCAACAAGAAGGGGUACUAUCUUUAUCUAUCGAUCAUUUGAAGAAUUCGGAAAGAAAAAGGCCUACUGGACGAGGACAACUGCCUCGUGUGUUCUUGGGCGGGGUUUCCAAAGCGGUGGCUGGAGGACGGGAGAGCAAGGACAUCAUCAAUGCGGUGCUGCUAAUGGGAUACCUGCAUUUGAAGGAUCAGCUGCCGUCGAAGAUGGAGGAGUUGUGAGAAGCUAAAGCGGGGGAACUGGAGGGAAAGAGGAAAAGGGAUUGUAGAGGACGAAAAGAAGGAUAUCUAUUUAGGCACUACAAGGUUAUAAGCUUAUUUACUUAUAGAUCUGGCGUCUGACCUGCGGGCGGCUGGAGAAUGCAAGAAAGACUUUCUGGAAAAACUAAAGAACGAAGAGACCAAGCACAUGCAAACCGAAAACAAAGAGGGAUAGAUAUAAAAAGCACUACGUGUAUGAUUUUUGAUUUAUUUAAAGGUAAAAGACUACAAGAAAACACUAAGGGAUAGAGCGUAGAAACGACAUCGAGGAUUUUUUCGGAUCACGUCGUACCUAGGGCGACUGUGUUUCAAAAAAUGUAAAUCUCGAUCGGUCGGCACUCGCUGGAGGUAAUGUUCACAUCAAAAACGCAAAUCUGUAAUGCAAAUUUCGAAGAACCCACAGCACAAAAUCGGAACAUAACUUUUUUACAAAUCGUAGAUGAAAAUGCAACUCAAAGAAGUCGGCUC